UCCCUUUUUAUUCUUCCCCCCUCCCCCCAAGUCCUCGAUUUUCAACCUCUUCAUUAGCAGCAUGAAACCGAAACCUCAGCUUUGUUCUUGAAAACCCAGGUUGCUUUUUUUUCACGUUGGCUUUCGAGUAUUUUGCUGCUGUUUUCCAUCAAUGGAGAUGGAUUUGGUCAAAGAAAAUUACCAAGACAUAGAUGGCAAUGAGGAUGGAUCUCCCGAACAGUCGGUUUCUCAGGAAAAUUCUGAAGUAUGCGAUGAAUUUUCAGAUCCAGAGGUUUCUCCUCGAGUUGGUGAAGAAUACCAAGUUGAAGUUCCUCCUCUAUUGCUGAAAUCAGAUAUAAACUGGCUUCAGAGUUGCAAGGAGGCAGAAAUUCAGGAUAGCGGCGUCCAUGAUUUUUUUGUGGGAUUGCCCAUCCAGGUAAUGUGGAUUUCCGAGGAAGCUCAUUGGAUGGAGCGUAAGCUACGUGAAGAUACGGUUGAGAAAUGCAACAGAAAUGAGGACUUGAAAGCUGAAUCAUUUAAAGACGAACAGAUAGGCGAUGGUUCAAAAUCAAACAUUGAGGCAACUGAAACGACUAUAGGUAGUACAAUAAAGGUCAGUAAAGCAGAAGAUUUAGCUUUGCCAAAAGAAACUGUGCUUGCAACAAAUAAAGAUCAGAAGGAUAAUAUCAAUGGGUGCCAUCUAGUUCCCGGUGUCUCGGGUGAGCCUUGGAGUAAUAUAGAAGAGGCCGGUUUCCUUCUUGGUUUAUACAUAUUUGGGAAAAACCUUGUUUUGGUGAAGAAGUUUGUUGGAAGCAAACAGAUGGGGGAUAUUCUGUCCUUCUACUAUGGAAGGUUUUAUCGGUCGGAAAAAUACCGCCGAUGGUCUGAAUGUCGGAAAGCUCGAGGCAGAAAAUGUAUCUAUGGACAGAGAUUGUUCAAAGGUUGGAGGCAACAGGAAUUGGUUUCUCGGUUGCUUCUUCAUGUAGCAGAGGAUAACAAGAAUGCAUUAAUGGAGGUCACAAAAUCAUUUGGAGAUGGGAAAUUUUCUUUUGAAGAAUAUGUGUUUGCUUUAAAGGCAACUGUUGGAUUGGAAACUUUUGUGGAGGCCGUGGGAAUUGGUAAAGGGAAGCAGGAUCUUACGGGCAUUUCGAUGGAUCCAGUAAAGUCAAACCACGUUGCUUCUCUUCGCCCCGAGAUACCUAUUGGGAAAGCAUGUUCUGCCCUUACUCCCCUGGAAAUCGUCAACUAUCUAACAGGAGAUUUCAGGUUGAGCAAAGCCAGAUCGAGUGAUCUCUUCUGGGAAGCUGUUUGGCCCCGUUUGCUUGCUCGGGGAUGGCACUCCGAGCAGCCUGGUAAUGGUUUUACUGCUGGUAUGAAGCAUUCAUUGGUCUUUCUUGUCCCGGGUAUCAAAAAAUUUUCGAGGAGAAAGCUGGUAAGGGGAAACCACUAUUUUGAUUCAGUCAGUGACGUCCUCGGUAAAGUUGCUUUGGAUCCUGGACUACUCGAGCUUGACAAUAAUGUUGAUAAAGGUGGUAAGAGCAACGAAGAAAAUGGGUGGACUGAUGAUUCGAAAGUGGACCAAGAGGAGUUUCCUUCUCAGCAACGCCAUUGUUACCUCAAACCAAGAACUCCAGCCAACACUGAUGUUGUGAAGUUUACCAUCGUAGAUACUAGUCUGGCUAACGGAAGUGCAUCAAAAGUCCGAGAACUUAGAAGUUUACCAGUUGACUUACUAACCGUUUCUUCAUCGAGACCUUAUUCCGAAAAUAAUGUCCUAUAUUCUUCCGAUGAGUCAAUGGACAAAUCUGAUUCUGAAGAGGACCGGCGUUUUCACAAGGCUGAGACUGCUGAUACUUCUCAAGCUUUGAGGAGAAACAAGAAACAAAAGGUCUACUCGAAUGGACAUUAUUCUCCAUCCGAUGUUUCAAAGACAAACCAAGUGCUUCCAGUUAGUUUUGAACCAGAUUCUACUGAUUCACCUGCAAAAGUUUCGAAGGAACACAGCUCCAUGCCGUUGGAUAGCACACGAUCUCAGAAUGGUAUUAUGCACCCAUUUAGCCAAAAAUCGAGAUUGGAAAAUAAGAGGAAACCUACUAAUGUUACCAAAAAACGCAGGAAAUUAAAUACUUUUGGUUCGAAGUGUACGAGUAAUAUUUCUCUAGCUUCCAAACCAAAAGAGGAGGACGCCUACUGCUCUAAAGAUGGUCCCAGUACUAGUAAGAACAUCCUGCCUAGUGCAGAUCCGUCUCAGGAGAAAUCUUCUAGUUCAUCUGGAUGCAGUCCCAUAUCUAGCCUUGAUGGAAACCCAAAGGAUAUCAGCCUCAAUCAAUCUCGUGCCUUAAUAGACUUAAACUUGCCAGUUCCUCUCGAUGCUGAAACCAACGAACCUGUUAUAAUGCAAAUGAGAGAACGACCUGACCAAACAAGCAAGGAAGCAGACGAUCCUAGUGUAGCUAAAACUUCUGAAGUCACCCCAAACAUUUCUGAUCAGCAACUUCAUAUGAAUUCAAGGAGAGUCAGUAGUCGAAACCGACCCCCGACAACUAGAGCGCUGGAAGCAAGAGCUUUAGGAUUGUUGGACGUCAAACAGAAGCGAAAGCAUAAAGAUCCAUUUCUGGAAGGGAACUCGAUAACGAGGCCACCACGACGUGCUUGUCCAAAGGUUAGACCUACUGAGAACUUGGGAAUUAACAUUGAAAAAUUCAAGAUUGAAGAUAGAGCAGUAGUUGUUAGUUCAUGUAAUAGCAAUAGCAACAGUAAUAGUAAUAGUCAUAGUGAGGUGUUACCUAAGCUUGAAACUUAAUUCCUGAAAAAGGGUCAUAGCAUCCUUCAAAACAAGAGAUUACUUCUUGAUUUGUCAUAGUUUAUUCUGGUAUAUAUUGAUAUUACAACACUUGAAGUCCUCUUUUUCUAUGCAUAUCAACAACAUUUGGUUAGUCUAAUCGAAACUCGUAGCUAAGCUUUCGCUCUCGUGUUCUUGCCGAGUUUCCAUGGGAUUUGUUGUUGGUAAAUUUACAUUCUUGUUUAUGGUUCCGACUUUAUAUUGUAGGGUGGAUUUCGAAAGGUAUGAUUGGUUCUAUGUUCAAACUGUAAAUACCACGAGAUGUUUAUGGAAUAUAACUUUUCCUUCUGACUUCA